AUGAAGAACUACGGAAAGCUCUCUGUUUCCCCCUGCCCCACAGCGGCAGCUCCUCGUAUCCCCAAAUUAUCUCUCCCGGCCCAGCUGUGUGGCGCUCUCCUUUGUUUGUACUUUUUGUCUACCAUAACUGCCGCUGCAGCGGCGAAGAAUGAAGCUGAAGACUACUCCUUAUCCGUUCAAAUCCCCUUGGGGCCAGGGCUUCAUGGAGGGACGGCUCCUAGUAGCUACGGUGCAGCGGCAAACCUGCACACUGGCAACACUUCUGUUGCGCUAGAGGCACCGGAAGGCGUUGCUGCCACUGGCUCGGCCGUACGAGGCACCAAGUUAUGGGGAGUGGGGCUUACUUUGUUGCUGGCGUUUGUCGUCGGGGGGGCGCUGGCUUCAGGUGCUGCUCCGUGGAAAGACCUCAUAAAAAAGGGCUUAAAGAAGGGCCUUGGAAGGAGUCGAGCAACGGAUGAAAGACGCCAGCGUGAAAUGGAGAAGCUCACAGGAGUGAGCUUUUCAGAGGAGUCGAAACGCCUGCAGGAGCUGCAGGCCUUGCUGCCUGCUGCGUCUUCCCUGGCGAACGUGAUGGAGGUCCCUAUGGCUUGGGUACUGAUAAUGCAGCUAGAAGAACGCAUGUUGGCUGCUGCUACAGCUGAAGAGGCAGCAGCCAAAGGGGAUAUCGGGGCUCUUGCAGCAUUUGCAGCGGCAAACAGGAAAGUCGAAAGCGUUUAUGAGCAAAUGGAAGUCCUCACGAACAACUUAGCAGCAGCAGAGGUGGAGGCGGCUCCCCAUAUGCAGCCCGUGACAAACAUAGAGCAGCGCUACCUUUCGGACUUGAAGCCGUUUGCGAAUCAAGAGUUCAUAGAGGCGUGGCGCACCUGUGUGUUCCACACGGCCAGCACUGCCCAUCGGCUGCUCCAUGUUGCAGCAACACGCCAGCUCCAGCUGCAGCAGCAGCCGCUCUUCCAGUCGAGCAUCGACAAGGCCUCAAUGCAGCAAAACUGCAACAUAAUGCAGUCAAUCCGCCACACCCUGAUGGCGAGGUCUGAGCUCUACGCUGCCACUGAAAUGCUGGAGCAGCUGGCAGUUACUGUCUACCAAACGAGCACAGCAAUAGAGUGGGAGCAAGAAGCAGCCGAGCUCAUGCUCAAGAAAAAUGUUGCAGAAAUGAUGGUGCUCACAACACUGAGGGAAGCAUUCCAAAGCGGCAUCAAAGCGCCGAACGACUACGACGUCCCCAUGAAUGCCUCCCUGGUACCCCUGGAGCUGGCGGCCGCGAAGGAUCGGGGGCUGCUGGAAAGUCUGUUGAGGCAGCUUAAUGGCCUGAACGGUGCAUUCUGCGUGCUGCAGCAGCAGGUGAUCAUGCUGAAGGAGGCCACGGACCCGUGGCAGAUCGGAACUGCUCGACACGCCGCACACAAGGCAGCGAGCCGCAUAGGCAAAGUGCUCGAGGAUUUCACGAGCGAGAUGCAACAGUCGCCUGCUGCUGUCCGCACGCUGCAGGGGCGCUCUAAGAGUGCAAUUGCUGCUACUGCGGGAACUUUGGACAGCGUCUGCAAAAGAGGCGAGCAUCAGGUGCAGCAGAUACAUAAAGUAGGAGAGAUGAUUGAUAUUCAAUCGACUGCGCUACAGGCCAUUAACUGGAUGCCUCAAGAGAGGCUAAAGGCGGCCCAAAAGAAGGCUCACUCACUUGAGCACGAAGCCAGAAUUCUGCUGCAGACGCUACGUAACAUACGAGAAGAAGCAGACGAAGCCGAAACGGUAGACUAUGUGCUCAGUUUUACAGAAGAGGCAGACGACAUAUCUUACAAGCUCAGCGAGAACUUGAGCAGCAUUUCGAUGCUCCACAAGGAGCUGCAGCUGCUGGCGAUACUGCAGCAGGCUGUUGUGUCAGUCGAUCGGCUGCAGUCCAAGGCCCAAGAAAUGGUAGGAGCAGAAGGGGUUCACCAUGUGGCGGAUUUGCUGAGGGAGCAGCAGGCCGUGCAACGGGAUGCAGCAACAGUGCUUUCCAAAGCUCACGACCUGACUGCCAUUGCUCUGAUGGCCAGCGAACUCAUCCGAAGCGCUGAGCUGGUUCACAGCAUUCUGGAAACGGUGCUGCUGGGGCCGCUUGGGGCGCUGCCGAACUUAGAUCUGGACCACACACGGGGGCCAACGGUGCAGUUGGAAGAAGAAGAUGAGUCUUCUGAGGAAUCUGUAGUGCAGAUGCCGAAGCUCGACGAGGCUGACCAUGCAGAAGAAGCAAUAGCAGAACACGCAAGAGACGCGGCAGCAGCAGCAGCAGCAGCAGCACGCACUGAAGGGAGUGCAGGAAUACCCGCGCCAAGCGGCUCCAUGUGGAGAAACGAAGGAAUAACAGCAAAUGCAUUUGCGGCGGCUUCUCACAAUUCUGAGGAGGAAGCAGAGCAAGACAAUGCACACCCUGCAGACAAUUUAACGCCACUAGCAGAGCAAGACAAUGUAUACCCUGUAGGCCAUGUAACGCCACCAGCGGCGGCGGCGACAGCAGAGCCAGAGUCAGAGCCAACUCAAGAACCCACUCCUCCACAAGAAGAGCGACUGCGCCUUGACACUGAGCAAGAACCAGGGUCAGCUGAAGCGCCUGCGGAAGCAGCAUCACCGGCUGGGGAAACAGCAGAGGGCCUCACAAUUCCAGGAGCAGCAGCACCAGACGCAGGUAAUGUAGCGGCAAAUGCGACUGCAUCCGAGGAAGCCAUGGUGCUUCCGGGUGACAAGCGAGAGGCCGACGAGAAUGCAGGUGUAUCAGCAGAAACACCUGACAAAGCGGGACAGAAAAAGGAAGCUCAGCAGCAGCAGGAGGAGCAGUACGCACUCCAACAAGCAAAGCUGCAGAUGCCUGCAGAAAGGGUUCCAGCAUCUGACGCACAAGAGGCAUCAGAAAAGUUACUGGAGCGGCCCCUGGCUUCGGGAGAGCUGGGUGAAACAGCAGCCGAGGGCAUUGGAGGUGGAGCAGCAGCGGGGGAUUUGCAGAUCCCGCGCUUCACGGUAAGGGAGUACACUUCAACAGGCCAAGAGCAGCCAGCGGAUGCAGAGCUUCCUGCGGAGCAACAGGGAUCGCCAGAGCGUCCUCAAAUGGGCUUGCCGAUGCAACAGGCAGAAUCUGUGGAACAGCUAGGCCAAGGUGCGGCAGCAGGUGGCGCCGCUGGAGAAGCCCCUGUGGAGGAAAAUAGAAAAGAAGAAUGA